UAAUGUGUUUCACAUUAUUGAUCAGAUAAAGUUUUCAAGGUUAUCAUUGUGAAUUGUCAUCUUUGCAUUGAGUGUCGUUUACGCUUAUGCAGUCCCUUUUAGCUACAAGUUUCUCUUUAAACUUUGUCUAAGGUCUCCAUUUCCGUUCUGGAAAAAAAAGUUUUUUUUUCUAAAAAUUUCUAAUAUAUAUUAAGAAAAAACAAAAAGAAAAUGACUGUUGAAUCCAAAGGAAGUCGGAUAGUAGCGAAACAAGUCGUUUGGCGAGAAAACAGUCCUGACAAGUGUGAAACUCCAAGUGUUAGAAUCAGUUUCAGAAGAGAAGGAAUUAUUGGAUCAGGAAGUAGUUUUGGCGUGGUUCAAACUGUUAAUAUUACCAAAAUAUUCAGCUCUGCUGGGGAUACAAGAGUACCUGAGAACGGAUUAAAGUUAGCUAUGAAGACCUUGAGUGUAAAAAGACGAGAAUCCCGGGAGCUAAAUAUACUCAAGGAGACAAACCAUCUAAAUAUUGUUAAACUUAGGUUUUAUUUCUAUACCCACGCUAAAGAUACUAGAGAACUAAAACUAAAUCUCCUAUUUGAUAUUCACCAAACCUCACUCUUCCACCUUAUAGAGAAGUUGUCUAAUGAAGAGAGUAGAAUGUCAUCUUCUGAUAUAUUGAAUUACGGGCAGCAAAUACUUCAAGGGUUGGAAUACCUGCACAAUAAGAGUAUUGCGCACAGAGACUUAAAGCCUAGAAACUUGCUGGUCGACGAAGAAAACCGGUUUCUUCAAAUUUGUGAUUUAGGAAGUGCAUGCAGGGUUGGAGAGGGCCUGGAUCUUAAUCCUUAUAUUUGCAGCAGAUUUUACCGAGCUCCAGAACUUCUACUUGGAUCUACUGAUUAUAAUUCCCAGGUUGAUAUCUGGAGUGUUGGAUGUGUCCUUGGAGAGAUGGCUCUUCUCCAUCCUCUAAUACCAGGACAAGAUACAGGAGAUCAAAUAGGAGAGGUGAUGGAUCUAUUGGGAGCUCCGACUGAGACUGAUCUAGUGGAGAUGGGACUUCAGCAUCCUGGACUCUACUAUACCGUUGGAGCUCUCACUGAUAGGAUUCAAGAUUUUGGCAGAGAGGAUCGUAUCCACAAACUCCUGAAUCCUGUACUUGGAUUCUAUCCUUGGAUCUCAUCUACUCUUCAAUCAAUACUUCAAUACAAUCCAUCCAGUAGACCUACUCCUUCUCAACUCCUAGCAAUCAUUUCCAGCUCCUAGCAAUCCUUUCCAGCUCCUAGUAAUCCUUCCCAACUCCUAGCAAUCAUUCCUAGCUCCUAGAAAUUAUUCCUAGCUCCUAGCUAUCUUUUCCAGCUCCUAGCAAUCCUUCCCAGCUCCUAGAAAUCCUUCCAAACUCCUAGCAAUCAUUCCAAACUCCUAGCAAUUAUUCCUAGCUCCUAGUAAUCCUUUCCAGCUCCUACCAAUCCUUCCCAGCUCCUAGAAAUCCUUCCCAGCUCCUAGCAAUCCUUCCCAACUCCUAGCAAUCAUUCCAAGCUCCUAGCAAUUAUUCCUAGCUCCUAGCUAUCCUUUCCAGCUCCUAGCAAUCCUGCCUAGAUCCUAGCUAUUCUUCUUAGAUCCUAGCAAUCCUUCUAACUCCUAGCAUACUUCCCAGCUCCUAGAAAUCCUUCCUAGCUCCUAGCUAUCCUUCUUAGAUCCUAGCAAUCCUUCCCAGCUCUUAGCAAUCAUUCCCAGCUCCUAGAAAUUAUUCCUAGCUCCUAGCUAUCAUUCCUAGCUCCUAGCAAUCAUUCCCAGCUCCUAGCAAUCGUUCCUAGCUCUUGGCUAUCAUUCCUAGCUACUAGCAAUCCUUCCCAGCUCCUUGAAAUCCGGCCUAGAUCCUAUCAAUCCAUCCUACCUCCUUGCUAUCCUUCUUAGAUCCUAGCAAUUCUUCCCAGCUCCUAGCAUACUUCCCAGCUCCUAGCAAUCCUUCCUAGCUGCUUGCAAUUCUUCCCAACUCCUAUCUAUCCUUCCUAACCCCUUGCUAGCCUUCCUUGCUCCCAGCCAGCCAUCCUUCCUAUUCCUAGCUCCUAGCUAUAAUUCUUCCCAGCUCCUCGCUAUCUUUCUUAGCUCCUAGCAAUCCUUCCUAGCUCCUAGCAAUCCUUCUUAGCUCCUUGAAAUCCUUCUUAUAUCCUAGCUAUCUUUCUUAGCUCCUAACAAUCCUUCUUAUAGCUCCUAGCAAUCUUCUUAGCUUCUAGUUUUUUUCUUAUAGCCUAGCAAUCAUUCCUAACUCCAAGAAAAUCUUUCCUAGCUCCUAUAAAUACUUUCCAGCUCAAAGCAAUCCUUCCUAACUACUAGCUGUCCUUGCUAGCUCCUAGCUAUCCUUCUUAGCUUCUAGCUAUCUUUCCUAGCUCAUAUCAAUCCUUCCCAGCUCCUAGAAAUCCUUUCUAGUUCCUAGCUAUACAUUAUAGCUCCUAGCAAUCCUUCCCAGCUCCAAGCAAUCCUUCCUAAUUCCUAUCUUUCCUUCCUAGCUCCCAGCUAUCCUUCCUAGCUCCUACCUAUCUUUCCUAGGUUCUAGCAUUCCUUCCUAGCUACUAGCUAUCCUUCCUAUUUCACAUUUAUCCAUCCUAGCUCCUAGCUAUCUUUCCUAGCUCCUAGCUAUUCUACCUAAGUUCCUAACUCCUAGCAAUCCUUCCAAGCUCAAAGCUAUCCUUCCUAGCUACUUGCUAUCCUUCCCAGCUUAUAGCAAUCCUUCCUAGUUUUCAGUUAUCCUUCCUUGCUUCUAUCUAUUCUUUCUAGAUCCUUGCAAUUUUUUCCCAACUUCUUGCAAUCCUUCAUAGCUCCUAGCAAAUCCUUCUUGCAUCCUUUCUAUCUUUCUAGCUUCUAGCUGUCCUUCCGAGCUCCUAACUAUCCUUCCUAGUUCUUAGCUAUUCUUCCUAGCUUCUAGCUUUCCUUCCGAGCUCCUAGCUAUCCUCCCUAGUUCUUAGCUAUCCUUCCUAGUUCAUAGCUAUUCUUCCUAGCUCCUAGCUAUCCUUCUUAGUUCUUUUCUUCCUUUCUUCUUAUCUUUGCAAUACACUUAUGAAAUGGUAAAUGAUUAUAAAAUGUAUUUACUUCAAUUUUACAUUGUAAAAUGUGUACGGAGUCUCUUAUUCCAGAAGAAUUAUUCAACACGUGUAUAGAAUUAUCUAUUUUUCAUCAUUAUUUUGACAUUUUCUUAUUUUUAUUCUAUUGAUGUUCUUGUGCAAAGUCAUAUUUUAGAGAUAUACAUGUAGAGAAUUCUUUAUCAUAAUCUGUUGUAUCAAAGUAACGUUUAUAUGCAAUUUCUAAUAAAAAUUUUCAUGUAAAUCAUGUACCUUAGGUAGCC